AUGAAGCGGAUCUCUCCGCUGGCUUUACGGCUCCUGCUGACAUGCAGGCCCUUAAUUGACACAUCUAUGUCUCAGACUAUGACCAAAGCCCUGGUUUCUGCAAUGGGAGUUAUGACUGACUCCCUUUCGCAGACCUUUGCUCAGGCCCUGUUGCAGGCACAGAGAUCUGCUCAUCCGAGUAAUCUACAGGUGAUGCCUUUGUCAACACCUGCUCAGUCUCAGUCAGGCCAUAAGGCUGUUUGCAAAACUAAACACUCCUCACAAUCUAUUGAGAUGGACAGUUCUGAACCUGUCACCGAUGGCGUGAUUAAUCUACCACCGCGCAAAAGAGCCACUAGCCAGGCAAAAUCGGCUAGACUUUGGAAGAGGGCAAAAGCCCAAUUAGAUUCUGAGUCCGAACUCAGUGACAUUGAAGAGGAGUCUUACAGGGAUGAUUCAGAUGAUGGUUCUGAUCCUGGCUCUGAUGCCUAUGAUGAGGAGACUGACCCCUCUCAGGAUACAAUUCCCUUAAAACGAUGGUGA